AUGGCGCUGUCCUUAACAUGUCGAAGACUAUUGUACCGACAGCAUCCUACAUUCUUGCAAUGUCGUCAAUCGGGAUACAUUGUAAUGCUGCCAGAUGUUCCUUUACACUCAGAUGACAACUCCCUUCUGCGGUCUGAUGCAUUUCAAGACUUUUCAUCUCUCACUGGCCGCAAAUGUUAUGAUGGUGUUGUCAGAAGAUCUCUGGACUUCCAGUCCAGCUUCUGGAAAAUUGAAAAACACAUCAAGGACAAGAAAGGUAUCACUGAUGUAGAACUCUUUCAAGAAUACCUUUGUCCAAUUGAGGAAGUGUCACGGCCACUGGAUAAUGCAUAUAACACUGUGAAAAUCCUACAUCAAGCAACUGACCUGCUAUCAAAUGAAAAGUACAACAAAAUUGCUUCUAGGGCAGCUGUUGCACUAGAAAAUAAGUUCACUAGUCCACUUUUGUACCACAGCUGCAAAAAUGCAUUAGAAUCUAAUGAAACAAAUCUACCACCAGACCAGAAACGCUUAUUAGCAAAGUACACCCUGUUUGGCAAAUUGAACGGUAUGGAACUACCCACAACUAAAUAUGAUUCCCUUGUGGAAGCACGCAAAGGAACGCUUAGGUAUCAAAAUACAUAUAAUGGCAAAUUGGCUCAUGAAACUCGCCAGUAUAAAUUGCCCAUUAGUGAUUCUCAUAUGUUGAAGAAUUUUCCUGAACGCCUGUUAAGGGCUAUGUCAGAGGGGCCAGACCCUUCUCGAGGGCCAUGGACUUUGAGAUACCGAACAAUGACACCCUUUUUGGAAUAUUGCCCUGAUGCAUUGCUUCGAAACAAAGUAUGGCUGUCAUCAGCAACUUUCGGUUUGCAUGAAGAAAUGACAGCCCUCAAUGUUGAUGUAACCAAUAUUCGUUAUGCAAGAAAACAAGAAGCCAAAAUACUAGGUUUUAACUCUUAUGCAGAAUAUGCAAUGGAAUCUAAAAUGGCAGGGUCUGUAGAUGAUGUCCUGGGCGUAUUGGAUCAUCUGUUGCAAAAGGCUCGACCAGCUCAAGCACAUGAAAUAGAGUCUCUGAAUAAAUUCGCAUUUGAAAAUGGAUACCACAAACCUCUCGAGUUUUGUGAUGUUCCAUACUGGCAACGGGCAAAAUUAAAUAAGGCAUAUGGCUUCAAUGAAAAUGAGCUUAGCGCUUACUUUCCAUUUGAAACUGUUCUCAGUGGGUUGUUUACUCUUCUAAAUGAUAUGUUUGGAAUAGAAAUGAAUGAGAUUAGAGGUGUUGAUGUGUGGGCUAGAGAUGUACGUGUUUAUGAAGUGCUUGAUAGUAAAAGUAAGGCACCGAUUGCCCACCUCUACUUAGAUCCUUUCAUGAGGUCGGAAAAAUCUUAUUCCAAUGGUGUUGCUCUCACUUUAAGGAAUCGAAGUUUGGUUGGGAAGGAACAAACACCCCAGAUAGGAAUUAUGUUUAGUUUUUCUCCCCCUGCACACGGAAAGCCAUCCCUUUUAUCAUUUAAUAAUGUGGUGGAUCUCUUUGGAAGGUUUGGGUAUGCCUUACAAGUCAUCUUAUCAAAGGCAGCCUAUGCUGAAGUUGCUGGAUCUGCAUUUGUUGAAGUUGAUGCUGCGGAAAUACCAUCACAUUUCCUUGAGCAUUGGGCAUACACACCAGCUGUCGUCAAAAGCAUUUCAGGUCACUAUGAUAAUGGUGACAAGUUACCUGAUGGAAUUUUGAAUAACCUUGAUAGAGUUAAAAAGCACAUGGCUGGUUUCCACUUAUGUAAUGAAAUUUAUAAGUCCAGACUUGACAUGGAGCUCUUUGCAACGGACAUAGCCUGGAAAACUGUAAUGGAGAAGUUGUGGCCAAUGUACUCAGCUUUUCCUUUGGACCCAAUGGACCAUUCCCCAUUGUCAUUUCAUGAGAUCUUCAAUGAAGGCAGUGCAUCUUAUUAUUCCCAUAUAUGGUCAAGGUUGAUAGCUGCUGACAUUUUUACUGCUUUUGAAGAGGUUGGACUAGAAAAUAAGGAAAGCAUUAGGACUGUUGGAGAUAGGUUCCGAGACACGUACCUCAAUGGACUCUCUGGUGCUGCUAAAAAUUUUAGGAAGUUUAGAGGAAGAGAUCCUGCUCCUGAUGCCUUCUUAUUGAGUCUAGGGCUUCAAAAACCUUUGAAACCAACACAGUCUAAAUGAAGUACACCAAAUGUGUGCCGUGACACCAAAGCAGUGACUGUCUACUAUUAGUUAAAUUUGAGAAGUCAGAAAAGCAUUCUAAUUUGUAAAUAGGAUAUUGUUUGGAUCUAGACACUUGUUUUUCUUUUUCUGAUUUCUUCUUGUUAAUACAAAUAAGCUUGAUCAGAUUUAGAGGACGGUCCUCUCUAUGUGAUAUGGCUGUCCUUUGAAAUGUAUGGUACAACUAAGACCUGAUUGUAUUUCAAUUUAAGUAGUCUAUCUAGAAAUUAGUGGGAGGUGGAGACCUCCUUGACAUGUUUAUGUUAUGUUCUGUCUAUAUGUUUAAGUGGACUUUGAUUAUCAAGGUAACCAUGAGCUGUGCUGCAGUAAGUUAUGAAAUUUUUAAUGUUUAUUGUAUUUAAUUGGUGGUUUCACAUCACAAGAUCUUUGUCCCUUGUCAAUAUUACAAGAAUAUGUGUGACAGCCAACUUUUAGAUUAUGUCCUAAAUUUGUUAUCCUUUUAGUAUGCAACAGUGGUUAAUCACUCAAAAUUAUGUCAGUAAAUUUUUGUGAAAUCAUGUGGAUUCUGUAAAUAAAAGCUUUGUUGGCAUAAA